GAGAUCUACCUUUGGCAGCAGGUGAGGUCAAAUGCAGAGGAAGGAGCGGAAGAGCUUUGCGGACAGGUGGUAAGAAAAAAUAUUUUAGGUUUUAGCUAAAAAAAAAAAAAAAAAGGCGACAAAUGGACGACAACAAAACGGCGCUGGUCGAGAGCCUCAUCAUCUGGCUGCAGACCUUCAACACCCCUGCACCCUGCACAACGGCGGCGGAGCUGACCACUGGAGCGGCAAUGUCACAGGCGCUGAAUCAAAUAGACCCAGCGUGGUUCACUGAAGCGUGGCUCGGUCGUAUAAAAACGGAUGUUGAGGACAACUGGAGACUGAAGGUGAAUAACCUGAAGAAGAUCCUUCAGAUGGUGGUUGACUAUUAUAAUGAGGUCUUAGGCCAGGAAAUCUCCAACUUUCCUCUGCCCGAGCUGCCCCUGGUAGCAGAGCAUUCAGACCCAGUGCAGCUGGGGAGGCUGCUGCAGCUCAUACUGGGCUGCGCUGUCAGAUGUGAGCGCAAACAAGAAUACAUUCAGAUCAUCAUGACCCUGGAGGAGUCUGUGCAGCAUGUUGUCAUGACAGCCAUCCAGGAGCUCAUGAGUAGAGAGACCAUGGGCCCAUUUGGAGCAGAGCUGUCAGGGGACUUGGAACAGCAGCUUAAAAAAGCCCUGGAGGACCUUGGUGAACUUCUUACAGAAAAGGAAGCACUCGCCCAACGCUGUCAAGAGCUGGACAUACAGGUGGCUGUUCUUCAGGAGGAACGGAACAGUUUAUUGGCUGAGAAUGACGUCCUAACAGACCGAGCCAAUCAGCUGGACACGUUCGACGACCCAAGCACUCCCUCAGGAAGAAAACACAAUCAGUUACAGCAGCAGCUCGAAUCACUGCAGGAGGAGAACUUCAGGCUGGAGGCUGCUAAGGAUGAUUACCGGAUCCACUGUGAAGAGCUGGAGAAGCAGCUGAUUGAGGUUCAGCACCGUAAUGAUGAGCUCACCAGCCUGGCAGAGGAAUCAAGAGCUCUCAAAGAUGAAUUGGAUGUCUUGAGGAACUGCUCUGAUCGGGUGGUGAUGCUGGAGGCCUCGGUGGAAACGUACAAGCGUAAACUGGAGAAUCUGGGUGAUCUAAAGAGGCAGAUGAAGCUGUUGGAGGAGAACAAUAUGACCUACAUGCAAAACACUGUCAGUCUGGAGGAAGAGCUGCGCAAGGCCAACGCUGCCCGUGCUCAGCUGGAGACGUACAAGAGACAGGUCCAGGAGCUACACAGGAAGCUUUCUGAGGAGACCAGGCGAGCGGACAAUCUGGCUUUUGAGAUGAAAAAGUUGGAGGAGAAGCAUGAAACUGUGAUUAAGGAGAAAGAGAGGAUCAUCAUUGAGAGAGAUUCUCUGAAGGAAAUCAACGAAGAGCUGCGAUGCACUCAGGCUCAACAGCACCAGCUCUCUCAAGCAGGGAUGCUUUCCUCUGGCAGUCCCAGCCACGACAACCUGGCAGCUGAGUUAAUACCUGUUGAGUACAGAGAAAAGUUCAUCAGGUUGCAGCAUGAGAAUAAGAUGCUGAGAGUGCAGCAGGAGGAAUGUGAGCGUGAGAGGAUCGCUGCUCUACAGGCUCAGCUGGAGGAAGCUCAUAAGACUCGCAGUGAACUGGACACCGAGAACAGAUUGAGCCGAGAGCGGAUCAGUGAGCUGCAGCAGCAGGUUGAGGACCUUCAGAAGGCUCUGCAGAGUCAGGCAGCCAAACCCGAUGAUUCAAACUUGAAGCGGAAACUUGACGCGCACAUGGUCCAACUGAACGAGGCUCAGGAUGAAAUAAUGAAGAAGAAAGAGCUGCUGGAGGACCUUCAGCCUGACAACACUCAAACCUCCUUGAAGGUGGAUGAGCUGAUGGCUGCUCUGAAGAAGAAGGAUGAUGACAUGCGGGCCAUGGAAGAGAGGUACAAGAUGUACCUGGAGAAAGCUCGUAAUGUUAUCCGAGCAUUGGAUCCUAAGUUGAAUCCUGCCACCGCUGAGAUCCAGGCUCUCAGGAACCAGCUAGCAGAUCGGGACAAGCAGAUUCUCAACCUGGAACGUCAGUGUGAGCAGGCCAGGCUGAGAGAGUAUGAGGAGAAGCUGAUCGUCACAGCCUGGUAUAACAAGAGUCUAAACUAUCAGAAGUUGGCCAUUGAAUCCCGCCUUGGGGGUCGCGCUCCCUCCGUGUUAUCCCCGGGCCAGUCCUUCCUGUCGCAGCAGCGGCAAGUUUCCAACGCCCCUCGCCGAGCGCUGUCCAUCAGCGUGCCAGCCACUACCUCCAAGUAGACCACGCCACGGAGCCAAACGUCUUUCAGCGAAGGCAGACAUCCUCUCUCCCUCCCACAAGUGAGCACUCAAGUGACCUUAAACACAUCUGCUCUCUGCACUUGGGGACGAGUCAAGGAUAAGCUGAUUGGGAUCAAUGAGCACUUACUAGUCAAACACAACCCUAAAGGUCGCCCACCUGAGGCUACAGUAGACUGUCCCACUAUUUCCACUAGCCUGAAAGCUGACCUUACAUAGCACAUUAACCCACAACCUGCUUUCACCUCACUGGCUCUAGUAACGCACAAUUUACUGCAUAUUCCCAUUUUGCCCUCGUGUUUGUGCUUUAUCUCCUGCAGACUCAGCUAAAUACUUGCUAUAAUCAGUUUAGCCUUGUCUCAUAUCCUGUCGUAGUUUGUCAGGAAUGAGAAAAAUGUAUAUGACUGCUUAGCAUUUUUGUUCCAGAUUAGAGCCUGUUAUAGUAAUGAAUGUGAUUUUUUUUUUUUAAAGGGUUACUUGAAUGCUAAUCAACUAAAUGUGACUUCAGAUUAUUGUAAGUACGAACCGUACCAUCAUACUAUGCAGUGAAAGAGUGGUACUGAUAUUGUCACCCAGCAGACUGAUGAAACAAGCUUUGAGAAAACGUUAAAUGCUAUAUUUGGUGCUGGCCGCCAACUGCUUUUACGGAUUUAACAUCAGUCUCUUACAAAGGUUUUACUAAAAUGGAACAAGCUCCAUCAAAUGAAGCUGUGAAAAUCCUAUAAGUCAUAUUAACCAUAAACAACCUUCGAGGUGCUGCAGCGACAAAUCUUAUAGAAUAAAUUCAGGAAUAGUGUAUUUAUCAAUUAUUUUCUAUAUUCCCAGAGUGUGAUUUGACGUCUGCACUGGCAGCAAGUUCUCAAUAACUUUCUAUUCACUGAAUCUUAUGGAGUAAAGAGUAAUAAAGACCAUAAUCUAUGAAGUUGUACAAUUGUAAUGUAAAUGUGAUUUUAACACCAGCUUUUGAUCCAAAUGUCAGAACCAGGUUAAUCAUCAUACAGUACCUGCAAAUUGUAACUCAGUGACUGUAGUCGGUCUUUAAUCACAGAUGUGUUUUCAGGCCAUUUGGUGUCAGUUCGGAGUAAAGAGUGCUGUAGAGAAGCAGGUAAUGUCUUUGAUAUUGUGGUUUAUUAGCUGUCUGAUGCUACGGAGUUUAAACUGCACUAGUUUCACAACAUAACAUGGCUGUUUGAUUGCCUUCUCUCUUUGUAUGUUUGCAGCAACACUAAAGAGGCAUUCUGUUGUCACGGUUUCGCUAUAUGUGAUGAAUAGAUGUACAUUAAGGCGCUUUGAUUUUUUCCUUUUGCUGUGGGUGAUUCUUAUCGAUUGCUGAUUUCAAAGCAGUUUCACUCAUGAAAAUAAGAAGUCUGAUCAAACGUAGCACAGCACACAAACUACAUGAGAGGAGUCGUAUGUUUUGUGUGUAAAUGAAGAAACAUGAGAAAGGCAUUAUGAAUUUUCAGGAAUUUAAGAAGGUAACAUUUUAAAGCCUUUGGUUUUCUUGUGAAUAAAUAAACUCUUUUUCUAAAAGUGUA